AUGAUGUCUCAACGUAAUGCAAAUGCGAAUGAUCCACUGCGUGGUCGCUCGAUCAGCAUAAAUGUGGCCGAAUUUCGACAUCGAUCAUUCAUAACGAAUGCCUUCAAACAAUUCUCAUCACAGCUACGAUCGCCACGAUUCUUCGAGUCGAUCACUCAGAAUGCCCUUCAGCAAUUGGCGCCCUACACUCCACCACCAAUGCUCAGUCCGAAACGCAACGGCUCAGGGUUAUUCUGGCAGCUGGCUCGAUCCAUCAGUCAAGCGUCGCAAGUUCGUUGUUAUGAAUUUAUUGAUCCCAUUCCAAUCAUUUGA